UCUCCACCCUCCUGCCCUCCAUCACGACAUCAGUACCUGGGUGUUGCGAGGGGAUCCCUGGCUAUGAAGCUGAAGGAGGACAUGAACCCCCUGCUGCUGCAGGUGUUCCGAUCGGUGGUGUGGGUGUACUCCGUCAUCACCUUCCUGCCCUGGUACUUCCUGUCGGGCACGAGCACCAGCCUGGAGCGGGCGCGCCGGCAGAAGGCCCGCUCCAUCACGGGCCACACGGCGGGGCCCUACAGGGCCAUCAACAGCCAGCAGGGGCUGGCGGCCGCGCUGUACCCCGGGCUGGACACCCUGGACAAGGUGUUUGAGCACGCGGCCAUGCGCUUCCCGGCCCGGCACUGCCUGGGCACGCGGCAGCUGCUGAGCGAGGAGGACGAGCUGCAGCCCAACGGGAAGGUGUUCAAGAAGGUGAUCCUGGGAGACUACAACUGGCUGUCCUACCAGGAGGUCUACCAGGCAGCCAAGAGCUUUGGCUGUGGCCUGGCGGCUCUAGGCCAGAAGCCCCAGUGCAACAUCGCCAUCUUCUGCGAGACCAGAGAGGAGUGGAUGGUGGCGGCGCAGGCCUGCUUCAUGUACAACUUCCCACUCGUCACUCUGUACUCCACCCUGGGACCCAACGCCAUUGCCCACGGGCUGAACGAGACGGAGGUCACCCACAUCAUCACCAGCAGAGAGCUGCUGCAGAGCCGCCUCAAGGCCAUCCUGUACGAGGUGCCCAGGCUGCAGCACAUCAUCUUGGUGGACCGGAAGCCGGCCAGCUGGCCCGACAUGCCCAGGGGCAUCGUGGUGCUCAGCAUGGACGCAGUGCAGGAGAUGGGGUCCAAGCCCAGCAACAUGGCCGCGACACGCAGGCAGCCAGCGCCGUCGGACAUCGCUGUCGUCAUGUACACCAGCGGCUCCACAGGCAUCCCUAAGGGCGUGAUGAUCUCCCAUAGCAACAUCAUCGCCAGCAUCACCGGCAUGGCCGAGCGCAUCCCCAACCUCGAUGAGACGGACACCUACAUCGGCUACCUGCCCCUGGCCCACGUCCUGGAACUCAGCGCAGAGCUGGUGUGCAUCUCCCACGGCUGUAGUAUCGGAUACUCCUCCCCACAGACCCUCGCUGACCAGUCUACCAAGAUCAAGAAGGGCAGCAAGGGUGACACCAGUGUGUUGAAGCCAACUCUCAUGGCUGCUGUACCGGAGAUCAUGGACCGCAUCUACAAGAAUGUGAUGACCAAAGUAGAGGAGAUGAGCAGCUUCCAGCGGUCCCUGUUCGUCCUGGCCUACAACUACAAGAUGGAGCAGAUCUCCAAAGGCUACAGCACACCUCUCUGUGACAGGUUUGUGUUUAAGCGGGUGCGCGCCCUGCUGGGGGGGCAGACGCGGGUGCUGCUGUCGGGCGGAGCCCCGCUCUCUGCUGCGACGCAGCGCUUCAUGAACAUCUGCCUGUGCUGCCCGGUGGGCCAGGGCUACGGCCUGACGGAGACCUGCGGGGCUGGCACCAUCAGCGAGGCUUGGGACUACAGCACGGGGAGGGUCGGUGCACCUCUGGUGUGCUCAGAGUUCUCCCUGAAAGACUGGGAAGAGGGAGGGUACUACAGCUCAGACAAGCCCAACCCGCGUGGGGAGAUCCUGAUCGGGGGGCCCAACGUCACCAUGGGCUACUACAAGAACGAGGCCCGGAACCGCCUGGACUUCUUCGUGGACGACAGCGGCCAGCGCUGGUUCUGCACGGGCGACAUCGGGGAGUUCCACUCCGACGGCUGCCUCAAGAUCAUCGACCGUAAGAAGGACCUGGUGAAGCUGCAGGCAGGAGAGUACGUGUCCCUGGGCAAGGUGGAGGCGGUUCUGAAGAACUGCUCCCUCAUCGACAACAUUUGUGCCUACGCCAACAGUGAGGAGUCGUACGUCAUCAGCUUCGUGGUGCCCAACCCCAAGCAGCUGAUGGCCCUGGCCAAGCAGCGGCAGGUGCAUGGCAGCUGGGAGGAGAUCUGCAACAACCCCGAGAUGGAGAGAGAGGUCCUCCGCAUCAUCACCGAGGCCGCCGUCUCAGACAAGCUGGAGCGCUUUGAGAUCCCCAAGAAGAUCCGGCUGAGCGCGGAGGCGUGGACGCCGGAGACGGGCCUGGUCACCGACGCCUUCAAGCUGAAGCGCAAGGAGCUGAAGUCCCACUAUCAGGAGGACAUCGAGAGGAUGUACGGCGGCAAAUAACACACACGCGCGUAUUUAUACACACAGACACACACAGACACACACAGACACACACACAGGCCACUUCCCCGGACUACAUGGCCGCCUAGUUCACAGAACAGCUCGUACACUCCUAACACACACACACACACACACACACACACACACACGUCCUCUCUUUGGCUUCCCAGCCAACAGCUUGGAUCAAAACGGGGAGGAAGACAUGAAUCCUGCAGAGAGAUAUUCGUUCCAGACUUAAAGUGGUAGCAGGGCAUCCGACGACGCUUAGCCCCCCACCAGCCAACCAUACACAACCACACACACACAUAGUCCCAUGCAGGGUGCCCGCACAGCUUCCCUUGGCCCAUGUAGCUUAUCUGGUUGCCAUGACACCAAGGCAACGCAUAGAUAAACGCGAGCAGGGAAUGUAUGGUUGGAUUUGGACUUGCACAACCCCAGAGGAAAGAAAAAGGUGUGUGUGUGUGUGUGUGUGUGUGUGUGUGUGUGUGUGUGUGUGUGUGUGUGUGUGUGUGUG